UCUAUCAGAUGUUUUUUGAUUUCAGCUGUUCAAGCAAACUUUUAAAAAAUGAAAUGUGAAAAAGUAACUCUUACCAAAAGAAGUAGAAGAACACCUACACAAUCUGCUCUGUCCAAAGAAAUAAUGGUAGAAACUGCAAAAGAUUAUUUCGAUAUAAUUAAUAAUAGUGAGAAUGAAAUAGAAAGGACAGGUGGCUUACAAGACCACGAAGAAACCGUUUUAAACAAUUUCACAACGAAUAAUCAAAAAGCUAAUGAAAUAUCAGAGAGCAGUUCUACUGACAUGUUAAAUGCAGAUAGCCAAGUGGGAAAUGAGGAAAGUAGCUCAAAAAUAUAUACUGAAGAACUUUAUGAUAAAAAACAAAGACGUUCCAAAUCUAUGUCUUCAUAUAUAAACAUAGAAGAUUGUUCAAACAAUAAACAAAAUGAUGAAAAUAUAAUUUUACCACAAGAUAAUGUGGAUAACACAUCAGAAUGCAGACCCAUUAAUACACCAAAAACUGAAAAAGUGUCUUCAUUUAAAAAAGGUAGAAAAGGAAGGCGUCUAAAAUUCACCUUAUCAAAAGAUCAUAUAACCAGAGAAAACAAUGGAAAAGAUGAAUCUGGAUAUGAUGUUUCAAAAAAAAUUUCACUAAAAGAUAGUAUCCUACCAAACCAUAUUAUUACAUCAGCUGAAAUUCAUGAACAUCAGGAAAAUGUAAGGACAUCUGAAGUUUUAGAUGAAAAAUCAACAUGCAAUCCUGUUGAGUUCUCAGAAGCUGAUCAAAAAGCAGAAAAUUUUUCUGCACAAAACAGUUUGAAAAUAAAAAGUCAAUCUGUCAAGAUAGGAAAAAGAGAAAAGCACCCAAAAUCUUCUCGAAUAGACAUUAAUAAUAAAGAAACUGAAGUGGUUGAAAGUGAUAGUAUUGCAUCUAUUCUUAAACAUAAUUUUGAUUUACAAGAAGAUAAUAUUACACAAAUCGAAGAAACUAGUAAAAGCAGUUCUGCUGAAAAUCCUAUUCAUUCUAAGAUAGAAAUUGAUACAUUCAUUGGAGAUGAUAAUGUUAUUCACGAUAGUGGUUUGGAAACCAGAGGUAUUGAUGAAAAAACAAACAAAAACUCAGCAAAAAGCAUACCUAAAUCAUUAAAUAUCCAAAUAGGGCCUUGUGAGAGUAAUAAUGAAAAAAAAAAGCAACAAUGUAAAAGAUCUAAGAUUAAAUAUAAUGUCAUGGACAAUGGUGAUGAACUAAAAUAUAUAGGCAAAGACUCAAGCAUUACCAGUAUACGAAAGAGUGGAAGGCGACAAAAGUCGAAUGUAAAUUACUGUGUUCCUGAUGAAGACGUUGAUUUUUAUGAUAGUGAAAGACGAGUUACAAAGGAUUCUAUUGAAAAUGCUCCGAAAAAAAGAAGAGGCCGGCCUAGCAAAAAGACACUGCUGAUGAAACUUAAUGCUUCUACUGAAGAAAAUCUUGAACCACAAGAAUCGAUAAAAAACGAUACCACUUUAGAUGAUACCGUCAAUAAUCUUAAUGCGGCAACUACUGAUAUAAGUAAUAUACCAACUAGGGAAAGAAGAGCUGCAAAUAGUAAUAAUAUUGAUGAAGAUAUAUUUGACACAGAGUCAAAGUCAGUCAAGCAAGAAGAAUCAUUUGACAUUCCAGAUCAGUCGCAAGUAAAAACUUUAUCAGAUGCAACGGGUGAUAUUAACGAUUUUGAAGACAGUCUCGUUAGUGGUAAAUAUGAAGAAGAAGACGUUUUUGAAGAGCCUAAAUCUCGUCGUGGUAGAAAACGAAAGGACAGUUUCAAUGUGCACGCGACAAAAAGGAGAGGUCGACCAUCAGUACAAAAGGAAGAGAGCAAUGAUGAUGAUUACACUCCACAUCAUUCAUACGUAUCUCGCUCAACAAAAGUUAAAGAAAAAUGCAAGGAAACACCUGGUAAGAAAAUUGUCAAGUGUGGAAAAUGUGGGAAAGAAGUACCGAAAAAUCAAUGGUACAGUCACAAUUUAUAUUCGCACAAUGAUAUGGGUUGGCUUGACGGAACAGAAAAGCCAGAUUUUGACAGUGAUCCAAAACUUCUUAUGAGGGUUUUAACCCUCGCGCAUAAAAAGAAACACAAAAAAGGCCUUACAUGUGAAGAAUGUCGUGAAGUCAAAAAAAGUGUCGUUGGAUUCAUAUCGCACAUGAGGUUCUGCGGAAAAACUGAUGAAGAAAUUGCAUCACUUUUAGUCACUUGCGAUCAAUGUGGAUCAAAGUUUAAACCUUCAUCGAUGGAAUAUCAUGAAAGACAACACCGUCUAGAAAUCGAAGGGAAAAAGAAAAGAGAAAAAGAAAUGAUGGAAACAAUUAUUGACAUAUCAGAGCCACGUUCGAAAAGAAAAGCUGCUGAAAAAGCUGUCUCUAAAAUAUCUGAAUUCACGGCCUUAGUCAAAGAUGAUGAUGGACGUUCAGUAGCGAAAAAAUUGAAAUUAAGUUCGCCUCACAUCAAAAAGUUUAUACAAAAACCUCUUGCAACAAAAAAGAUAUCGAGUGUAUUGAUAACUAAGUGGAAAAGAGAAUUAGACAACAAUCAAGAUGCAUCUUGUACUCAAUUAGGAUGCCAGUUUACUUGUAAAUCAAUGGACGAAAUCCGGAAACAUUACUCAUUGUGCAAUUUUACAGCUACGGAGAAUUACGUAUGUAAAGUUUGCCGAUUCCAAACUUUACUUGAAGAUGAAAUCAUUAAGCAUGCUGCCGAAAAACAUACACCUGAAGAUUUAGAUAUAAACGCAGCAAUGUCCGACGCAGACGCGUCUGAUAGUGAAGAUUACAGUGAUCUUGAUGAGGAUAGUAGCAAUAAAAGCCAAGGCUUAGUAAAAAAAUUCUUUUAUAAAGAAUCUUCCGACGUAGAGAACAAGAUGUUUAAAUUUAUAUUCAACAACGGUGCUUGUCAUACAGUACUCAACAAAACAUUUCUUACUGGAUUUCAAUGGACUUUGGAGUUUGAAAGGAAACAUUUUAAAUUUAGUAUAUUUAAUGAUUUUAUGCCAAAUGUUUUCACGUUGAUGAAAGAAAAAGAUGCCAAAAGUUAUCUACCUGAAUUAGAUUCAUCAUUACCUGUAAGAUUUAUAAAGAAGAACGGUGAUUUAAAUGAUUCCGAGUGGAAAAAUUGGUCAAGAUUCGAAUCAGAUUGCGUAGAUGAUUGUCCAACAUUUUUUGUUGGUGGACCCAUUUGGGCAAUGGCUUGGGCACCAACUCCAAAUUAUCUAGCUAUUUCUGAUAAUCUCUCACAAUAUCUGGCUAUUAGUACUCAUCCUACAAUGGAUAUUGAAUAUUCUGUCGGAAAAUCUUAUUCAGGAAAAAAUAUAAUCCAAAUUUGGAAUGUAGGAAAAUUAAAUAACAAUAGGAAUGCAAGCGAAAGAGAUCCCGAAUUGUCAUACGCAAUCAGUCAUGACGGAGGCACAGUUUGGAGUCUAGAGUGGUGUCCAUCUGGAUGUUACCAGCAUAAAGAUUUUCCAGAUUUGAAGAAUAAAAACGAUUCGAAUAGAUUAGGUCUAUUAGCAGCAGGUUGCUCUGAUGGUUGUAUACGCAUAUAUUCGCUUGUUUUCCCACAAGAUCUUCACUACACGCCAAAUGAAAAUCAAUGUCCAAUUUACAAGACGGAACCUGUUAUGCAAUUGAUUGUUAGUUCGGAUAUGUAUGAAAAUAAUGAACAAAAUUGGCAAGUUAUGAAGUUGAGUUGGUCUAGAGAAUCUAAUCAUAACGUUAUUGUUGCCGGGCUGUCGAAUGGUUACGUAGCCUUCUGGGAUUUAACAACCGAAUCUCCCAUGCUAAAAUACAAAGUUAAUAAUACGACAUUUCUUCGGCCUUAUAGACAAUUUUUUGCUCAUCAUCAUGCGGUUACAAUGGUAGCGUUAGUUUCACAAGAUAACAAACGAUAUCUAGCAACCGCAAGUCUUGAUAAAUUGUAUAAAUUUUGGGAUCUAGAAGAUAUUAGCAAACCUAAAAAUACUUACAAAAAAAGCUACGUGACAGAUGGAGCUUGGUUCAAUAAUUGGUGCUGUGCGAUUAUUGUGCACGAUAAUGCUCUUUGCAGUUCGGGUAAUAAUUCAGCUGUCUGUCUUCCACUUCGGAAUUAUACCUACAAAUAUUAUAACAUCUUGCCGUCAAACUCAACGGUCUAUGGACUAAGUAUAUCUGACUUUGGCAACAGCGUUGCAACGGGUAAUGUUGCCGGCGAAUUACUAGCGCUAUUCCCUCAUCAACUAGUCUACAUACGUGAUAUGGAGAAGACGAUACCUCCUAAACGUAGCCAAAGCAUUGUAUCAACGAUUAAACUUGUCGAUUUUAAAAUAGAAGAAGUUAUUAACACGGUAAAAAAAGGCAAAAAAGGGAAGAAUGAAUCCUAUAGUGAUCCUACGCAAUAUAUGCCAUCGACGUAUAAAGAUUCUAAAGAUCGAUUUGGUAUAAUGUUCAAUAAUAAAAUCGACCCGCUGCAAAGUCGUUCAAAAAAAGUGCAAAAGUACAAAAAAAAACCAACGUUGACUUGCGAACAUCUGGAGCAAACUCCCAUUGAACAGUAUCCUCUAAAAUCUAUCAAUAAGGUUGCAUGGAAUCCAAAUGCUUCCAGUUUUCUAUGGCUCGCCGUAGGCUACCAAAGUGGGUUCGUACGACUUAUUUCAUUCAGAUCCGUGGCAUCGACUGCAGAAUGGAAUAAAUUGCUUCAAUCACAUACAAAUAUAUUAAAGGCCCAAAUGGCCCAGUCGGCAGCUGAAGAUUCGUGUUAAUUUAGUUUGAUAAAUUUUGAAGUACAAAAAAUUAUUUUAUUUUUAGUCAUGAUAUUAAGUAUUGAGUUUGGAUAAGUUGUAAAUUGAUUUAAAUCAUUCAUUUUUCAUAUUCAUAGAAAAGUUUUUAUAAGCCGAAACAAUGUUUGCUUGCGAGUGGAAAUUUGAUGAAAUCCAUUAGUUAUGGUUUUUAAGUUAAAUUUAUGUUAUGCCAAUACUUAAUGACUAAAUUUAAGUUAACAUUUAAGUUCAAACAUAAGAAAGUAAUGCAAUCUUUAUUUUCUAUUGUAAAAAGUGUACAAAGUGUAAUUUAUUAUAAUAAGUAUUAGCUAGUUGUACUAGAUGAUUCACUGGAUAGUAACGCUUGCUAUAGUUUUUAAUUACAUUAAGCAUCAAAGUGCGAGAAUUCAAAUUUAAAUAAAUAAGAAUGUAUAGUAUAUACAUUGAUAUCGUAGAAAGGCAUAAUUGCCACGUGUGUUCGGUAUUCUUAGAAGAUGAGAGGGGAAUGGGCGCGCCUUUGCACGUGUUCUCCAUGACACUAUAGCUUGACUUUCAAAUGCGAGAAAGAUAUACUACAGUUUAUGCGGUGUUCAGAGGAUACAUUAUCAUAUGGCGUACGCAGUUUCCUCUCGACGGAAGUCACUUUAUCUCUCUCGAUUCCCGCAGAAUAGACGCUUUUAGUUUUUUAGUUUCAGUUUCGAAGCAUCCGAUACUAGUUCAAUACUUUCUCUAUGAUCAUUGAUUGUCGAAUAAAUAUUGUAGUUUUUUGCUAACACGCCGACUACAAUUAUACAGCGUUUUUACUUGUCAUUUUAGUAACUGAUAUAAACAAAACUUCGUACAAAAUAAAUACGAAUUUAUACUA